CUUACUAUUCUUGACACACUUGUGAAGAGACCGCUAAUAUGAAGAAACAAAGAUGGCGACGAUGUUCCGUACAGAGCGUGAAUUUAAAGAGCAAACGCUGACCGUUCCGUAAGCCGGCUCGUGUUAAUUUUCAAAAUGGCGUUUGCGGCGAAAGAUUCCUCAAAAUGGAGUUUGCUAAAACAAGGCGCUGAAGCACGUGUCUACAAGACGGAGUUUUACAAGAAAAAGGCGAUUGUAAAGGAGAGGUUUUCAAAAUCGUACAGACAUCCUUCUCUUGAUGAAAAGCUAACGCAUCGAAGAACCACGCAAGAGGUCCGAUCGAUGCUUCGAUGCAGGAAGGCAGGAAUUUGUACUCCUUCCGUCUACUUUGUCGAUUACAGCACGCACUGCAUUUUCAUGGAAGAAGUUGAAAACUGUGUGACAGCCAGAGAUCACAUUAACACUCUCCUGGAUGUCCCGUCUGAAGAAUCCGAUAAGAGUUUACAAAGUCUUGCGGAAAAGAUCGGUUCUUCACUAGCGGCCAUGCACAAUGUGGAUUGCAUUCAUGGAGACUUGACCACUUCAAAUAUCUUGAUAAAGGAAGGCUAUGAGAACAUCAUUUUGAUUGAUUUUGGAUUGAGCUUUAUCUCUUCGAUCAGAAGAAAAGAAUAA